AUGAACAACACGGCCAAGCUCGUAAAUGCGACCUUGAAGUGGAAGGUGCGAGGUGGAAAGCAGCAGCACCAGCACCAGCUUCAGACAACGACCAUCAAUGGCGGUCACCACCAUAAUUAUCAUCCACAACAACAACAACAGCUGGCCAACCACCUGGCCGACUUCGAGUCCGGCUACAAGUCACUGCUGGCGGAGCAGCACCACAGCAGCGGAAGUUUCAGCGGUGGCGGCGGCUACGUUGAGGUGCAGCCAGUGGACAGUCAGGUGUGCUCCAUCAAGCAGAGUCCCUAUCGCAUUCUCAAGGCGGCCGAGGCGGGCAAUCUGGAGGUCUUCAUCAAGCUGUACCGGCAGAACAAUGCGCGGCUCAAGUUUACCGACAAGUACGGCAAAAGAGCAAUUCACUACGCCACUGCCAAGAACAACAUUGACAUUCUGCGCUUCAUAGUGGAGCAUGAUGAUGAAAUCAACGCCCAGGACAUCAAUGGCGACACUGCGCUGCACCACGCGGUGAUGAACGCCGCCGUGGAGUGUCUCUCCUUUCUGAUCGAGAGUGGCGCCGACACGAACAUCCUCAACGGCGAGAUGAACGGGCCGAUUCACGUGGCGGUGAUCAGCAACCAGCUGAUGAUCUGCUACGGUCGCGAGGACCUCCUCUCCCAUCCGCUGUGCGUCAAGUACCUGCAGGCAAAGUGGAACUCCUACGGCAUGUACUUCCACGUGCUGAACAUGUCCUUCUACCUGCUCUUCCUCUCGCUGAUCACCCUCAACGGGCUGAAGGUGAUCGACGUGGCGCACGCCUCGCAGCCUCGCCUCGGAGGGAAGGUGGCGGGCAACCAGAGCAGCUUCAUUCAGAAUCUGGUCAACGACAACAGCGAGAGUCAGCGCGAGGCGAGGAAUGUCACCCUGCUCAGCUGGGCUAUUCUGCUUCUGGUGGUGCUGAACAUUCUCAAGGAGUUCUACCAGAUUUACCACCAGGUGAGAGUGUGA